CGGUGUCAUGACAACUCGUAUCAGUAAAAAAUGUGUAACUAGAUUUCCCAGAAAAGUAACAGCAUCUGACUAACUCAAUAAUUAAAAGCGUGUUGACUUAACCCAAGACUUAUUGUUGGCAACUUGGAGGUAAGUCGGUUAAGCUGUCCCGGAUCGUCCUGGGCUUAUCGAUAAGUAAACGCGCCGAGCGAAGAAGCUCUUCGCGUUCCCACAGCGAACCUCAUCAUCCAUCAGCCAAACCCUCCUUCAACUUUCUCCACUCGCCACUGUCAUGUAUUUGGCAGUCUAUCAAGAUAUGUGAACUACGAAGGACGACCAGGAGGAAUACCAAUGGCUCACCUCUCCCACAACUCGAAGCGCCGCAGGCUGGACCAGGCGGCGUCCACGCUCUCUAAGCCGUUCAAGUCUCCUCUGCGCACUCCAGCUCAGAAAUCCGACCAAACAGCCAGUCCAUCCCCUCUUCGAUUUUCAGCUCAGAUCGAGCCAGAAGAGGAUGUCGAGGCGACGAAUGACACAGCAGAACAGUCACGGCAGCAGGGCCCAAAGGAAGAGAUAGAGGCUACAGGAGAACCUUCAAGGCCUACACCUACCACAACCCCAACUAAAACGUCACAACAGAGAACACCUCUCUCGUCACUGCGUAAACGCAAGUCUUUCCCAUCAUCAUUUACGUCUCUUUCUCCGGACCCAGCCGUCUCUGCGCUUCAGAAACAACAUACGGCUCUGCAGGCGCGGCUCUCUGCUCUCCGCGCGGAGCUCGAUACCACACAGCAGGCUUUGCGGAUUGAAUCAUCCUCUCGGGACGAGGAGUUGGAAGCGCUGAUACUAAAAUGGAGAGCGGCGAGUCAAGAUGCAGCAGAAGAACUUUUUGCAUCCGCGAGAGACAAAGUAUUCCGCAUGGGCGGGGUACGUGCCUGGAAGGAGAGGGCAAAGAAGAGCAGGGAGAGAUGGGAUGAUGGGGAAGGGAGCCUAGACAACUGGGGCCAUGAUCUUGAUGAGAAUGAACGGGAGAGGAGGAAAGCGGAGAUGCUUGAUUCCCUCGACAUCGACAUCGAUUCCAAGGUGGAGCGCGAUGGAGGGAGAGAGGACGAGGAGGACGAUAAUGAUGAAGAGGUGUGUUAUCUUUCUUCUGCAGUCCUAAUUAUUUUUGUCGACAUGCAUUCUGCGGACUACGCGGUCUGGCGGCCAUGCUGAGAUGUUUUUAUCUGUGAUGCGCAGUCAUUCACGAUGGACAUGAUGCUGAAAAGCAUGAAUAUCGACUUGGACACGAUCGGGUUCGACAAGGUCAACCAGAGAUGGAUCAAGGAUUGAGCUGUAUCAAUACGUACCAAUGUGUCAUUGGCCAUGCCACUUGACGAAGUGGACGGCAAUGUAUACAUACUACGACACUUGCGAGCAGUGUUCUGCAGCGGCAUGAUUGAUGACCGUGCUCGCGUGUCUUCUUGCAGCACGAGGAAGCAAUCAAAUAAGGAUAAGAUUUGCCCACCCAGCACUUUCGAGUGCAACUUAGUAGUAUCACCGUUAUCAACAGUUCCGCUGCAUUUUUGCUUUCCCUU